AUGACCAUUGGGGCUGAAACAAGAAGCCGAAGGAAGGAGUGGGGACAAGACAGCAGCGAUGGUGAUGGGAGGGAGGAAGAAAAAACAUGGGGAGGAUCGGGCGAAGGAGGGGCGGUAUCGAGGAAGGAGGGUAAUUACAGGAGCAACAAAGAGCAGCCUGAUUGGAGCAGGGCACGUACCAAGGACCUCAGGACAAAUUGCCAGGACACUAUCGUCCUUAAUGAAUUUAUUGAAAUUGUGGGGAGCUUCAAGAGAGGUCAUCCAAUCCAGUUCUCAUUCACUGCCAAGCAGCGAAGAAAAGAUUAA